AACCAAGUACUCAAAAACAGUAACUGUCAAUGCUGAAAGUGUGUAGAUAAAAAAACAAAGCUCAACGACUACAACCGCUGCACGUUACAUAUCGGAAGAAAUUGAUAAAAACUGACGACAUUUCAACGGAAAUUGAUUCAUAUUCGUAAUCAGAAAAAAACGACUGAUCUUGGAGGCAUAACACAAGAUAAAAAACAUGGAAUUCGAUUGGGACAAUAUCAGCAUCGGUGACCCAGGAUUAAACAACUCAGGAAGCUUUUUCUGUUAUUCGCGCCAUCAAAAGCGAAAAACAUCACUUGGACCCUUUGAUGAUUAAAAUAGAAAAGAUGGAUUUGAAGGAUUUAAAACCGGAACCCUGUGCCAGCUCAUCGAAAACACCAACUAGCGGGACUGUUCAAAUAAAGCCUACGAAAACCAAAGUUUGCAGUGAAGAAACUUAUGAUCGUGCCUACCGCUAUGCCCAAGCAUAUGAACAAAAGCGACAGGCUCUGCGAGAGAAAGAAAACAAACAACUGCAGGAGAUGAAGAAAUUUCACGCUCGUCCGGCUCCAAAUUUCCGGAACACAAUGAAAAAAGAAAAUACGGAACCCAAAUUCACCAUUCCUACCACUCCGAAACAAAUGAAACCCGAACGACUGAAAAAAGCUGCCGAUUUGACUAAAAAAAUGCAAGAACGAAACAAGGAUCAAGAACCGGCCAAGUUCCGGGCGCACGACGCCAAAGUUUUGAAGGAACAACCGUUUCAACCCGAGCUACCGAAAACCGUCCUUACGCAGGAACCAUUCAAUCUGCGAAUGUCGGCCCGAAUUCAGGAGCGCAAACGGUUCGAUGCCGAGCUGCAGCGAUCAAAAGAAGAAAAAGCUCGACGCGAAGCGGCGGAACGUCGUGCUGCCGAGGAACGAGAACUGAAGUUGCUUCGCAAGCAGAAAGAAUUCAAGGCCAAUCCGAAUCCAUUUAAAUGACUCGUCAUCGUAGAUGUAUUUUAUUUGUAGUUCUAAUAAUCUCU